GUGGGUGUAAAUUUACCUUGAGGUGGUGGGGGGGGUUUGCACUCCUUAUGGUGGUUGAGGAAAGAAAGGAGAUCUGAAAAUGGAUCUGGUCUAUAUGCAGUCCCAGUUUUGAGUCUUGUGCACUCUGGAGGGUAAACUCUGAGAACUUCUCUUUUGGGUGGUGCUGUAUUAGGGUGUGUAAAAAAUACAGUGAAACUCCUAUCUGGGAUUAACUGGGAAUAACGUGGCGCUUCUCAGCCACUAGUGCUUUCGUGCCUUCAAGAGUUGCCUUGUUACUCUUGCAUUUUCAUGCGUCUCCUCACUCCAAGGUAGAAAAUGACACACAUACACACUCGCCUUCUACCUGGUCACACCGAAUAUCCAUCUAACCUAGUAUUGUCUACUCUGACUGGCAGCAACUCUCCAGGCCUCAGAAAUCUCUCCAAGCUCCUGAUACCUGGUGCCUUUAACAGGGCGGGCUUACUAGGGAAUUGAACUUGGGACCUGCUGCAUAUGACUCAUGCUAACUACUACUGUACUGAAUUAUGGUUCACAAGGUACAAUUUAUUGGAAAACUUGCUCUUGCAAGCCCCACUGAAAUUAACAAUUGUGUUCUUGCAGAAACUUUAUUAAAUAUCAGUUGGGAUUGCAAAGGAGAAAGACCUACAGAGGUAUGUUGGGUUUAUUGUUGCUUUCUGACCCUGGGGGAGGGGGAAUUUAGGAGUCUACUUCUGUGCUUCAAAUGAGAGCUUGUGGUCCUUUUGGUCAUGGGGGGUGCAGCUGUUUGGAGGCCCAGGAGGAUCUAGAGGGCCAAAUAUUUGCUACCCCUAGAGAAGCUUUACACGGCUUGGAGUUUAAUGCUCGUAAAGCAGCUUCAGCAACCAGUUCAUUAGUUGAUUCAACUCUCUCACCUACUGUAAUUACAAACUACUAAGUACAAAUCAUUGCAGACUCUUUAUACCAAGUUAGGCCAUUGGUCCAUCAACCUCAGUAUUGUCUACAAUGACUGGCAACAGCUCUCUGGGAUUUCAGACUAGGGAUAUUCCUAAUUCUACCUGGGAUUGAAACUGGGACCUUCUUUGUGCAUAGCAGAAGCUGCACCACUGAGCUGUGGCCCUUCAUUUACUGACACCUCUGCUCAUUCUCUGCUUAUUUAUUAAAUGUUCUAGGUAGAUACCUGUCUAGUUUAUGUUACAGGUAGGUAGCCGUAUUGGUCUGACGUAGUCGAAACAAAAAAUAAAAUAAAAAAUUCCUUCCAGUAGCACCUUAGAGACCAACUAAGUUUGUUAUCUAAAGAAGUGUUCAUGCACACGAAAGCUCAUACCUAUGACAAACUUAAUUGGUUUCUAAGGAUGCUCCUUUAAUUUAAGGAUUUUUUUAUUUUUUGUUUUGUCUCAUUUAUGUUAAUCUAUAAAGGACCAUGUAGACAACUAUAUAAUAAUAUAAAAAACCAGCUAGAAUUCCUGCUGUAUCCGAAACAUGCACCGAGAGUGGUUGGGGUGGGGUGCACCCUUCAGUAAAAUACCAUGUAUACAUAAUCACAACGUUAUACAGUUCUUCAUGCUAAUGAACAGGAAAUAGUUUUUGUUUACAGUAUUUCCUUUGGAUACUUGUAUCUUGCUUUAUAACCCAAAUAGGCUCUCAAAGCAGUUACAAAGUAUUUUUAUAAUAAGAAUAAAAUUUGACUCAAGUUACCCUUUAGAAGUUACUCUUUAACUUGAACCAGCUUUCUGUUCCACAUAUAAGCUGAUGGUGAAAUACACUCCUUCAUCAUUUAGAUUUUGAGUGUGCCAGGGUGGUUAAAAUUAUGUCCACUAUGUGUCCUUAUUGUAGUCACAAAGAGAUAGUGCACUCACAUUUAGAAUUUGCUAAUACAGUAUGUAAGAAGCACCUCAAUCAAAAUAGUAUAGGCCAACAUUUAUUGGAGAUUCUUGAAAUCUAGUAUAUCCUGCACUGAAAUGGAGGUUGCAUUGGGUCCUUCCAGAUUGUUUUAUUUUCUUAUUCCAAAACAUUGAAUGUUGUAGCACAGCGGUUUCUCAGAUACUGUGUGUGAGACAUUUGCUGUGGGCCUGAAGAGAGCUGCUAAUGACAUGGUGCUGAGUCUUCCAGAUGAGCUCUGGAAUGGCCAACCAAGAAACAGAAGUUCAGAGAUUGAUCCUAGAUAGUGAUUCAAUGAUCGAAGGAAUAAGUGACCAGGUCCUGCUGGCAGUGGUGCUCAGCAUCACAUUCCUUGCUGCACUGGCAUACAUGCUUUUAAGAAAUGCCCACCCAGCUAUUCAUCCAGAAAACCAAGAGCUAGUGAGAGCAAUUAGACAACAAAUACAAUCAGAACAGCAGAAUGUACUUGAAGACAGACAACGUUUCUAUACUGAUAUGUCAUGCCCAGUAUGUUUACAACAGGCUACAUUUCCCAUUGAAACAAACUGUGGACAUCUUUUUUGUGGUUCCUGCAUUAUUGCAUACUGGAGGUGUGGUCCAUGGGGAGGUGCAAUUCAUUGUCCUAUCUGCAGGCAAACGGUAACUUUAUUUUUACCACUCUUCAAUGAGGAACAAGAGGAUGCUAUGCAGGUGCUUCAGGCUGUUGACGAUUACAACAGGAGAUUCUCAGGACAGCCAAGAUCGAUUAUGGAAAGGAUUAUGGAUUUGCCCACGUUAUUGCGCCAUGCAUUCAGAGAAAUGUUUUCCGUUGGCGGUCUCUUCUGGAUGUUCCGCAUCCGAAUAUUCCUCUGCCUCAUGGGAGCUUUGUUGUACCUGGCAUCCCCCCUGGAUUUUCUCCCCGAAGCCCUGUUUGGAAUUUUGGGGUUUUUAGAUGAUUUCUUUGUGGUGUUUCUGCUACUCAUCUAUAUAUCUAUAAUGUACCGAGAGGUUGUAACACAGAGACUGAACAGAUGAAGGCAAAUGUCAGUGACCAACAUUCAGGAGCACUAAGGGGGGGGGGUGCUUAACUAAAUGAGCCACUAUGAAAUAAUCAUAUUGACACAUUUUCAGCUUCUGCUAUUAAAUAGCUUCUAGCCAAACAUCUUAUGUAAGCACGAAAAUUGUCAUAAUGGUGAUAGCUAACUGGAUUUUCAGUGUUUGUUAUAUAAAAAGAGAUCUGAUUCAAUAUGUAAUAUACUGCUUACAUAUGUUUACAGUGGAUGAGUAAUUAUAUGUUAUUCAAGGUACCACCAAUUAUAAGGGAAAUUCUUUUUGAAUGUUUAACAAAAAAAAGUAUUUGGUUUAGCUGGACAUGUAUUUAAGGCACUACUCAGUGUACAGGUUUUUUUAAUUCAAUGUACAGUUUCAAAGACUGCUUAAUGUCUCACUGUGGGUGCUGAAGUGGGAGGGAAUUGUUGGUUUUUUAAAUAAACUAGUUUAGCAUCUCUGCCUAUGCAGUAAGUGCUCAAGCUUGGGCAGCAGCAUACUAUUGCACAAACAUUCUAAGUACAGUAUUGUUUUAGCUGCAAUUACAUACAUCUCUCCAUAUAACAUUUGUACCUUGCUAUGUGUCCAUGCCAUGAUUCAUGAUGGUAUGUGUUACAGAUAAUUGCUUUUUACAUUGCAGGUUCAACAUGAUGGCUUGGAUAAAAUAAAAGACAGCCCAUCUCAAGAGGGGAAUAUAUAGUAUAGUAUAAUGUAAUCUUAACUAAACCUUUGAACUUGAAUCAAAACUAGGCUCCCUGAUCAUGUGAAAUGCUAUCUGCUAGUGAUUAGCUGAAAUCUAAAACUGAAUGUUAUACUUGAAAUAACUUCUCGUAAUGGGGCCUAUCACUGCCUAGAAGAUAUACCGUACUUACAUGUGUGCUUGCUUAGAAGUAAUCCUUAUUAAACUCACUGGGACUUGCUUCCAAUUAAGCAUGCAUAGAAUCGGGGUGCGUACCUUCUAAGCUUGUAUCACAUGGUGUUUUCUGAAAUGCUAUGAAACACCUUGUUUGAGAUGCUUACCCUCCAUCAAAUUUAAAUGGUUCUUGAGGCAGGAGAGAAGUGUUGAACAGGUGCAGAAGCACUCCUGAUGCUAUUGCGUUUGAGACUGCACUUGGGCAUGCACUGAUCUGUGAGCCACUUGCCCCCUUAUAUCUUGGACAUACAAAGAACUUUGGCACUGGUGCUUUGAACAGCCCAGGAAGAGAAAAGAUAGCAUCCCUUUAUUAUAUUCCUAUGUACAAGAUUUACAAAACACACCCCAAAAUGCACAAAUUAGAUGAAGGGACUUGAGGCCACUGUGCCUGGAAUGCUCCUUAUCAUUUAAUCAAUCAUGAAGUCACAGCCUUGUUUGGCCAGUUCUUGCCUCAAACGGUCAUUGGGAAGACAGCAUUUUGGCAUCACUAGAGACAGAGCUCCUUAAGAGAGAAAGAUAUGGGAUCUUCUGGAGCAGGCUAUGGGAUCUCACCCCAGUCCUCUCCGGUAUGAAUUUUCCUUUAACAUGUUGCUUUGUUUAAGGCAGUAACUCCUUCAAUUUGAUAAAAUCCUUGCCAAAGAAAACUCAUCCCUCACUUACUAACUCUACUCUUUUUCUAUUAAAGUCCCUAAGUAAUUGAAAAUAUAUUUGAUCCCCUUCGUUACAUAUUCCAGACAAGAGCAUAUUUUGAAAUAUUUGUGUUGUCCAUGCAUCCAUUUCCUUGCAGGGUAUCUUGAGUGACAAUGUAAACAUAUGAACAUGUAUCAAAAUAUAAGUUAAGUGCAUUGAAAUACUAACUUUUGUAGAGUGGGGAGGUUUCUCUCUAGUCUCAGUUUAAGAUCCUGUGCAUGAACAAGGCAAAGGUUCUCUUAAAAUGCAAAGGCGAUUUCAUUCUCACAAAUGUUAAUUGUUUCUAUGAACUUAGUCUUAGAUCUCCAAAAUCAUGGCUGGGGGAAAUGUUUGAAUGUAUUUAAUUCUGUUUCGAGAUUUACAUUUGGUUUGUUCUCUCUCUACUUGACAUGAAUGUUAAAAACAAGGGAAGGAAAGAGAGUUUAAAAAGAGAAAACACCUCCAUCAGUUUUACUGUUUUGUAAGGCUGACUCUAGCUCCUUUCAAUACUUCUGCUUACUCUUGUCAUCACUAGUAUGUGAUAGUGAUGUGUUGCCUACCUCGGCUAUGAUGCCAGCCUGAUGCACUAUACAAAUCUUGGUUUCUUUUUGGUCAACCCAAACUCUAUGUAGAAGUCGGGGAAGAAAAUAUGAAGGCACUACUGCGCGUCAAGAAGUGUAAAGCCUAAAAUAAAGUAUAUAAGAAUAUAAGUGGGCUGUUUCAGUCUUUGAUGUUCCUCUAAAACAUCCAAAAACAGUUGCAAAAAGAGGUUGAGUCAAACCCUAGUACAUAUUGCCUUAUUUAUUUUCUGGUGGCUGAACAGUCUUCUUAUGCAACCCAUUUUUGCUUUGAACAAAAACAGAUUUCAACUGAUUACAGUAACCACAGUACGGUAUUCUUUAGUAGCCUUAAUGCCCUGUUUGCUACCUGUGCUGAUAAUUCUCUUCAUUCAAGUCUUACCUUGUAUCAUCAGUGGAAGUCCCUUUACAUAACUUUAGAAUUUCUUCCAAGUGGCUUUUGUGUGCCUUCCUUGUCUGUCACUGGUGCUGAUGUGAGAAGUGGGCUCAGUCCACAUCACACCUCGUCACCUGUCACUCUUCAGCACUCAACUUCUGGAAUCUCUGCAAUCAUUCUUCCACCUCAUAAAAAUAAUACAAAUAUUUUUGUUAUACUUAGCUAUCCCUGUUCGCAGCGCUGAUACUAUGCCCAGCCUUAGUUAUUGGAGCCUUAUGCCUCACCCACGCUCUUGCACCUGUUCCCUAUAGGGUACCUUGUUCAUUUUUUCUGCUCAGUUGUUUUAGCUUCAAAUGAUAAGGCUUUAUUUCUUAUUUUUUAAAACUGGAGAAAUCAACAUUUUAUAUUCUCAGUAUAUAAUUUUAAUAUGGAAUCAGUCAUAUGAUCUCUGUAUAAUCUCAAAUGCAUGCUGUUGCUGCCAACACAAAACUGUGGAAGAUAACAGGAAAUUUUUAUUUCCUAUUGUGCAUUCUUCUGCAUUGCUCUAGAGAUGAUUUUCUUCCAGAAGGAAAUCUGCUUCCUCAUCCUUGAUGGAUAAUGUUUGAUGUGGGGCAUGAACAAACUAAUACUAUUUUACAGGAAUCAUUGCCCUUUUUGCCUGCAUAUUUUAAUAUAUCCCUCUGAAUCGUAUCUGGGGACCCUACAUACUGUAGCAAUUUCAUUCAUUCCUAAUACCGGUAGUAAUAAAAAUCCAUUAACUUGGGGAGAACAUUUCAGCUCAAAAGCCAGAUGCAGUAUUACAAUCAGAUAAGAGAGCUUUUCUGUUUUAUUGCAAGGCACUUCUCAUUCAGAGGAAAAUAUGGAUUUUUACAGUAUUAGCUUUAAACAUUAUCUGAAAGAAUCACUAACCAGAAAUCCUAAAGUUUACGAAUGAAUCCUGUAGAAAAUAAAUGAUUGAAGUAAUAACUAUAAAGAUUUGGACAAGAGAAAAUAUUCCAAACAGAAAUCUUGUCUUGUAUCUCUUUAUCUUCCAUUUCCCUGCUAAUUAAUGGUCUGUAUUAAUAAAGACACUAGUGGCUACACAAUGCUUUCUGAUGCACACACACUCAAUUUCCCAAAACAACCUUGAGGUCACCUACUGAUUUAUUUGCUGCAAGUACUAUGUCAGUUGACUUUCAUAUGAGGAACAAUUAAUGACCAAAGUUGGUGUAAAAAGGCUGCCAGAGAUCUAUGCAGUUGUAAGCAGCAUGCUACCAUAGACGUUUUACACAAAAUGUAAGCUGGCUCAUGUAUUUACUGAAAAUAAAUCAUCUUUGAAAUAAGAUUUUUUUUUGUCCAUUUACUGUAUUUCUGCAUAUUUGUAACACUAUAAUCUUAUGCUUUAUUCCUUGAAACAUGUUUACGGACACAAAAAAAUUAUUGCAGACACUUUCCUUAAAAUAUUAAAAAUCUAAAAUGUUUGAAUGGUAGCUUGUUGACUUAGUAGGUUUUUCUGAAUUUUCUCAGGCCUAAAAAACAUUUUUGUAUUGCAGUAUGUAAAGGUGGUGGUGGUGGAGUUUAUUAGAUACCUUACCUGAUCUUGCAAUAAGGUCCCAGGACAAGUUAGAACAAUAUAAAAUUCAAUAUUAAGUUCUAUUAAAACACCACCUCACUUGGGGAAGCCCCUUUUCCAUUGAUGUCUGCCAUCCUUCACUUCCUGUGCAUUUGCCACAAUAACCCCUUCACACAUUACAAAAGAGAAUAGUUUAUUUUAGGGCACAUACUCAAAUCAAUGAUUACAUUGCCUAAACCACUUGGGUAUGACAUGGACAGAGAGUACAUUCCAGAACACACUCGGAAUUCCCUGCAUUGCUGGGGAAGAUCACUAGUACUGGGCAAGCUGUCACUUAAAGAAUUCCCAAAAGAAAAGCUGCUGGGGUUUUU